AAGCAGUGACACAACCUUUCAUUGGUCUGAAUUGGCCCCAGAAUUUGACUGUCAUACUGCAUAAACAACACCUCCAAACUCACAUUGAUCUCUGCCACCAUGCUGGGACAUUGCUACAAAGAGAAGAAUGCCAUCUACAGAAUCACCCCACCCUCUAUUAUCAAGGUUUUCCUUGAGGGUUUCCCAUGCAAGCAGUUAACAGAUCUAAGCCUGUUUAGUUUAUCAAAUCUGAGGCUCCUGAAGGUGAUAUGAAUACAUAGGGUUAGUUUAUUGAACAUUAUUAAUCUUACAAAUAAAACUUGUAUAAUUCAGUUGUUGUGAAAUUAAAGUAAUUAACAUGAGCAAAAGAAUGACACUAAUCAUUUUAAUUUCUUAUAAAAUUACAGACAAGAAAUGACCAUUCCCAUGAUUAGGGAUAAAAAUUAGUAAAAAUAAAUGGUUAGAACAGAGUAUAUAUAAGCUUUAUGGAACUAAAAUGUAUGUUAAUCACUGCCUGGGCCUCUAUAAUCUUUACUCCAACAUUCAAGUGUACAGAUCAAAAUACAUAAGGACUUACAAACAGCCAUACUGGGUCAGACCAAAGGUCCAUCUAGCCCAGUAUCCUGUCUUCUGACAGUGGCCAAUGCCAGGUACUUCAGAGGGAAUGAACAGAUAAUCCAAGUGAUCCAAGGCCUAUCCCCCAUUCCCAGCUUAAAGCAAACAGAAAAAGCAGGCAGGGGUUCCUGCUGUUUCCUUGAGACAUUAAUUGCACUGGUGGGAGGGGGCAAAGGCCAGUGCAAGAAGGCAGCAGGAGGGACAAAAAAGGGAGACAAUCUCAAUAUACUAGACUAGUGUAUAUGCCAACUGAAUUCAAAUGUAACAGUUGCUGUUACUGUUUUACUUUCACAUGAAUACUGCCCAAAAUGAUCCUCCUUUUGUUCUGACUACAAGGCUACUUCAGUUCAUUAUGAAGCAAAUUCAAUGUCACAUUUAACACUGUUGGACAUUCCUUUUUUGUUGCCUAAUUAUGACCCAUCCAGCAUAAAAAGAUAGACAAAUUGGAUAUAAUCAUAGGAGGUAAUUUAAAAACUCUCUUUUGAGUUGCUGACAGUUUUGGUUUAAGCCAAUAGAAAAACUGUUCCCUGUCCUCUGCUGGGAUGAUGUUGUUGGGGGUUUUGUUUUUAGAUUCUGAAUCCUUGUUGUACUGACACGUCUCAUUAUUAAUGUCAUCACCCAGAGUCAGCCUCUAGACUUUCUAGAACUAGGGAGCACUGGAGUUAACGAUGAUGUAAACAACCCUGCUUAGAAAUGAAACUGAAGAGUUGUGUGUCAGGUUUUUUCUUUCACAUUGGGUGUUUAUUCUGUUGCCUGGUUGCUGUUUUUAAUGUUUGUUUACUACAGUUUAUAGAGUCUGGAUUCGAAACAUCUUUGUGAGUAGUCUGUUAGCUCCUUGAACCUCUUGUGAGAAAGAGCUGCCAGCUGGGCUUCAUUAAAGUAUAAUUUGUUUGAAUACCGUUUGCUAAUCUAAUUAACUUCAUAAAGGAUCAAACUGUUCAUAUUUUGUAAUCAAUCCUUGUUUACACUGGGAUUUAGCUUUUAUUACAAACACAAGUCUCUAGCUGGACUGUAGCAGGUGUAUGUUAUUCAACAGGGGUACUGUAAACGCAUUAUAGCAGAUUAGCAGGGUUUCCGCCUUUAAAAUGUACACUGCGAGAUCCAACUCCCAAGCCAGCUGUUUCUUAUCAGUGCGUUUUGCCUUUCAGAGCUGCACUUUGCAUCGUUCUUGGCGCUGCUAUUUCUGUAACAGAUCGGAUAGGAAGAGUGGUGCAGCAGUGCACUGUUAUGCUGUCACGGGGGAAACCCUAGCGCCUUUUUGGAGGGGGAGGGGGAUCAGAUCCUUUUGGAAAGACCCAGAAUAGGAGCAGGAAGAAAAGGGUGGGUGGAAGAACCUUGAAAACCAGGGAAGAGGGGGGAUAACUGGAGAAGAGGGGGUGGAUGAUAGCGGGAUAGAGGACAAGGGAGACGGUGGGAGGGAAGAGAUGACGGGGCGGAGAGCAAAGUAGUGAUGAGAAAGGAUGACACAGGGACAGGAGAUGCGUAAUUUUCUGCAUGACUCCAGUGCGUCAGCAGUGGCUACGGAGCCAGAGCGCGUCACAGACAGUCUCCAAAUCUUAAUGGAUACCGCAGUGCUACUGGUAUAAUGCAGGCACAUGCAGCUGUCUGGCAACAGAUCCCGGCAGCAUCAUACGCUAGGGUCCGGUAAAGCAGCAGCAGGAUCGGCUAGAGCUCCGAGAUAAUCGGGCAUCAUCGUUUUCUAGACCCCGACGAGACCCAGCAGCUGGAGCGAGGAGAGCAUCAGCCUCCCUAGGAAGCAUCAUACAGGAGACUCUGAGAUCGUCCCGGCAGCAGUCGGGCUCGUGGGUCAGCCCCAUGUACUAGGCUCGAACAGAGCCCCCGCUGGCAUCAUGCACUAGGCUGCACGACACAACCAGCAGAGCGGAAGAGCCAGCAGCUGAGCUUCGCGGAAGAGCCAGCAGCAGCCGCGGGAACGGAGAGCUCUAGGCAUGCAUUAGACUUGGGCUCAGCCCUAGCAGCAGCCGCCCCGCUCAUCCUAGUCGCCCUCUCGCCCCCCAUGGAUAAGGCGACCUCGCUGCACACUUCAGUGCCCACGCCUCCCCCUCGGCUCUAUCUGCCUCGGAACUUCAGCUGCAGCGCCUGCCUCUAUGGCAGCCUGGCCGAGCGCUGCAAGGGGGACUGCAGCCCGGAGCGCGAAGGGGCGCCGUCUCCCACGCCGGUGGUCCGAGAAGCGGCAGCCUCCGGGGAGAAGCCGCAGCCUUCCCGCGGCCGGGAGCCCUCGGUGCCUCCUGUACCCCCCAGCCCCACGCUGCGCCGGCGAGCCAAGUCGCUGCCCACGCCCGGCGAGCGCGGCCUGCGGCCGGCCCUGCAGCAGAGCCCGUCCCGCAGGAAGACCGUGCGCUUCGCCGACUCGCUGGGCCUGGAGCUCAUCUCCGUGCGCCACUUCUGCGAGGCCGACCUGCCCCAGGUGCCGCUGCCGCUCCCUGCCCGCGCCGCCGACCUGUUCAAGACCAGGAAGCCGCCGGCGCUGGGCGAGCUGGAGCCGGUGCUGUUCGGCCCGUCGCCGCUGCUGGAGCCUCUCUUCCCGCCGCAGCCCGGCGCCAGCCCCGGCUUCGCGGAGCGGGUGCGGCGGCACAAGGUGAAGCUGGAGUGGGUGCGGGCCGAGCCCGCCGGCCUGCGCGGCGCCGUGCGCGUCCUCAACCUGGCCUACGAGAAGGCCGUGUCCGUGCGCUACACCCUCAACCGCUGGGUCAGCUGCGCCGAGGUGACGGCCGCCUACCUGUCGCCGGGCCCCGCCGACGGCCUGACCGACCGCUUCUCCUUCCACCUGCCGGCGGCGGCCGCGGGGGGCACGCUGGAGUUCGCCGUGCGCUACCGGGUGGCCGGCACCGAGUACUGGGACAACAACGAGGGGCUCAACUACCGGCUGCGGGGCCGCCCGCGCGCAGCUCGGGCCGCCACCUCCCCGACGGAGGAGCCGGAUGGCGGCGCCUGGAUCCACUUCAUCUGAGCGGCCUGCCGCCGGACCGCUGAGCGUGGCUUGCUCUGUGCCGGGGAGACCUGAGCUCCCUCCCGGAUGCAGGCCACCCUCGCCGCCUCAGCGCCCUUCCCGGGCUCGGCAGCCUUCAGCGGCUGCUGGGCGCAUUUCUCACAGGCCGGGCGGCUGGGGGAGGAA